AUGAUCUUUGCGAAAUACCUCAUUUUAUCUUCUUUAGCGCUAGGAGUGCAGUUAUUCCUGUACCAGACUCAGCAGAUCCAGUUUGUUGACGUUAGUGACACCGCAAAGAUCCACUGUUCUUCCAAAGAAAACUUGGAAGGAGGCAGUAGCAUAUUUUGGUAUUUGAGAAGAGAAGGUGAGAAACCCACCUGCAUUAAGAGCUGUUUGGAUGAUCAAAAAGUAGGUAAAUUUGUUUGCAAACACAAGACACACAGCUCGACACUGGAAAUCAGCAACGUCCAAAAGACUGACUCUGGCAUUUACUACUGUGCAGUUAGAAUUACCAGCUCCCUGAUUUUCGGGAAUGGAUCCACACUCAUUGUUGGAGACAGUUAUACCAACAGCAGCUGGGUGAUGCUUCUGGUCCCAUUUCCACAUGGCAGUCAAGUCACUGGGACAGCGAAUCUGGCCUGUGUGAUCCAUGGAGUGUCCAGCCCAGUCCAUGUUUCCUGGAGUGUUUCUGGGGAUCUGCAGGAACAGGGGCUGACGCGCUCAUUGAAAGCAAAGGAUGGAUCUUUAACGCUCAUAAAUCACAUCAACGUCCCCAGGGACACCUGGACCAGUGGGAAGAAUUUCACCUGUGAAGUCAAAUUCAACUCUUGUGGCAGCAGUGUGAAGAAAAGUACCAGGUAUCCUGCAGCCCACACCAGUAGUUGCCUGCCUUCCAUUGUGUCCCUGGCGGUGCUGAGUGCCCUGAUGCUGUUGACGGUGUCUCUGAGUCUCAUCUGGACCCUCAUCUGUCCCAGGCUAGGAUUUCCGCCCAGGAGCUCAGCGCCUCCAGCUUCACAGGAGAAUCAGGGUGGAAUCUUAUACGCUCAUCUGGAUUUUGAUUCGCGGAAUCGUGAUGGGCGCAAGAUGCAGCGACCGGCCAGAGGGAAGCGUGUAAAGCCAUAA